AUCGCUCAUGUACUAUCGAUCUGCGUGAAAAUUACGCUAUUGGUGUUGGUGCUUCUCCCACGCCUACAGAUCCCCAAGACACGGACCACAGUUGCGGCGGUGGCUCUCGAUGCUGUCACGGCGCUGUUCAUGAUCAGUGUGUCAUACAGUCAGCAUUAUCGUUCUCCUCGACCGUCAACACUGCUACUACUUUUCCUGAGCCUGUCGUUGCCGCUCAAUGCAAUCCGGGCCCGAACAAUAUGGGCGGUACAGACCCAUUCCUUCUGUGCCGCCUUCAUCGCCAACAUCGGGUUGGACCUCAUCAAGCUCCUAUUAGAGUCAGUUGAACAGAACCAAUCUUUGAGUGACGAAGCCACAAAAUCGUCGCGAGAGACGAUUGCAAAUGUCUUCAAUCGUAGUAUGUUCUGGUGGUUAAAUCCACUGUUGAUACAAGGGUUCCGAGACAUCCUCGAGGUCGACAAACUCCUGACCAUUGAUGCCCGUGUCAAUGAUCCAGAGGGCGGAGACCAAUUUAUGCGGAAAUGGGAUGCUGUGCAAUCCAAGACUUCCUCCGCCCUGACAAUGCUGCUGAUGGUCCACCAUCGAUGGGCUAUUGCCUCAGCCGUUUUGCCUCGACUUUGUUUGACAGGAUUUACCUUCGCCCAACCAUUCCUCCUCACACGCGUCGUAGCUUUUGUUUCCGAGGCCAAUGGACCCCUUAGCCAGAGUUACGGAUGCGGCCUGAUUGUAGCCACCAUGAUUAUUUACCUGGGCCUGGCCAUUACUACCGCCGGUAGCCAGCACAAAACAUAUCGUUUGGUUACGAUGAUCCGUGGUAGUCUCGUGCCCCUGGUCUACCGACAUACGAUGCGCUUGGAUGUCAGCAUCGCACGGGACUCGGCUGCAUUAACUUUGAUGAGUGUGGAUAUUGAGCGCAUCAGUUCCGGCCUUCAGCAUGUCCAUGAAGUCUGGGCCAGCCCCAUUGAUAUCGGUCUUGCCCUGUGGUUGUUAGAGCGAGAACUGGGUCUGUCUGUCAUUGCAUUUGCCUCCAUCUUCGUCGUAUGUACUCUCCUUGGUCUAGGGGUGGCGAGCACUAUGGGGCAACGGCAGCAGCGCUGGCUCCAGGCCAUCCAAAAUAGGGUACAGGCUACUUCGGAAAUGUUGAAGAACAUGAAGGAGGUGAGACUAGGUGGCUUGCAACAGUUGAUGGCCGAGAAGCUCCGAGGUCUGCGGGCAAAGGAGGUGUCCGAGUCGACCCCAUUCAAGCGAGCAUUGACUCUGAUUGUCACUUUCUCAUAUACCACAACCUCUGCCGGCCCGCUCCUAGCAUUUACUAUGUACAGCUUGCUGGCAAAAACAAAUGGCUUUGCCAUGCUGAACUACGACAAGGCCUAUACCGCGUUAUCCCUCUUUGCGCUGUUGCAAGCACCUAUGGCCCUUAUUCUGGAUGCCAUUGCAGGGUUAGUCAGCGCCUUGGGUGCUGUAGCUCGCAUUGGCGAGUACUUGUCGAAGCCUACUGGCACCUCUGGUGAUGAUAGCCGACUAUCUCAUCCACUAGCCGUUCCAUCCGGACUCCUAGAUGAAAAACCACAGCCGACUAUGGUGAGGGCGCAGGGAUUUAGUGCUGGCUGGGAUGCCAAAAGACCUAUGGUUGUGAAAGAUCUCAACUUUGAGGUUCGGCCGUCUAGUAUCAACUUUGUGGUUGGCCCAGUGGCCUGUGGUAAGACCACGUUCUUGUUAGCCAUCCUCGGGGAAGUGAGUCUUCAUGAGGGCGAACUGAAUGUUUCAGCCCCUCGCAUAGGUUAUUGCAGUCAGACACCGUGGAUUACCAAUGCCACCAUUCGACACAACAUCCUGGGAACCAGUCCCUAUAACCAGCCGUGGUAUGACAAAGUGGUGGAGAUGUGUCUGAUUCAAGAUGAUAUUGCUGGGUUUCCUAACGCAGAUCAAGAAUGGGUUGGAAACAGCGGUAUGACUCUGAGUGGUGGUCAAAAGGCUCGACUGGCAAUUGCACGCGCAGUCUAUGCCCGGGAAAGACUCCUUCUGCUUGAUGAUGUUUUCAGUGGGCUGGACGGAAAGACCGAAGAACACCUGUUUCAUAACCUCUUCGGGCCAGACGGGCUUCUGAAGGAAGGAGAUACCACCGUCAUAUUGGCUACUCAUGCCGUGCAACGUCUCGCGUAUGCGGAUCAGAUUAUCAUCUUGGACUCAGAAGGUCGGAUUGCGGACGAAGGCUCUUCUGACGAGGUUAUUGCAAUCGCCAAGGAAAUGACAUUUAAGCCCUCAGAGAAGGAUCAAAAUGCCGAACCAUCUCCCAACACUGACCUGGAUAUCUCCAGGAUUCUUUCGGCGGAGGAACCGCCGACAGGGGAGGAUCGACGGACUGGUGAUACAGCAGUAUACAAAUACUACAUCCAGACGGUUCAUCCUUUCAGCGCCUCAGUAUUUUUUGCUGCCUGCUCCCUCUUUGUCGUGGGACUUACCAUACCCCAAUUUAUGGUUAAAUGGUGGCUGCAGCGGGAUGAUGAGUAUACCGUCACCCAUAUGGCCACGUAUCUCGGCGCAUAUGCUGGUCUAUCCGCAUUGGCCAUUAUCUCGCUCCCUGUCGCAGUCUGGCACCUCACCGAACGCAUGUUGCCACGGGCCUCGAUGCGAUUCCAUGCCUCUCUUCUAACAACUGUCCUUCAAGCGCCGUUGCAAUUCUUCUCGACUACCGAUGUAGGCACGACUCUGAACCGCUUCGCUCAGGAUCUGCAAUUGUCGGAUAUGGAACUGCCGCUAUCACUCUUUAACACCACGGUGGAAUUACUGCUCUGUACAGCCCGCCUGAUCAUCAUUGCUGUCACCUCCAAAUGGAUUGGCAUUGCCCUACCAGCGUUGCUAGUGGUCUUCUACCUGAUUCAGAAGUUCUACUUGCGGACUGCCCGACAACUUCGACUGCUUGAUAUUGAAGCCAAAGCACCCUUAUUUUCCACAUUCCUCGAGCUCCUCUCCGGACUGACCACUAUCCGGGCAUUUGGGUGGCAGGCAGAUUUUGACCAUCGCAAUCGCGAAGUCUUUGAUCGCUCCCAAAAGCCAUUCUAUCUGCUCUACUGUGUGCAACGUUGGCUGAAUCUUGUGCUGGAUCUGGUAGUAGCGGCGAUCGCUAUCAUGGUCGUGGCCAUCGGUGUGCGCACUCAGGGACAGGUUGACGCUGGAUUCAUGGGUAUCGCCCUGGUGAACAUUGUGCAGUUGAGUAUCAGUAUCAAGGCCUUCCUCUCCAACUGGACCCAGCUGGAAAUCUCCAUCGGCGCAGUAUCUCGAAUUCGGGCAUUUGCUCUAGAUGCGCCGUUGCCUGAUAUCGAUAGUAGCGAGAGUGUGCUUCCUACAGGGUGGCCUGAGAAGGGACGGAUUGGAUUCCAAAAUGUGACAGCACAAUACGAAGGCUCUCCUCACCCGGUGAUUCGAAACCUCACUCUAUCGAUUCCGCCGGGGGAGAAGAUCGCCCUGUGUGGGGCAACUGGAAGCGGUAAAUCGUCUCUUGCUACCAGCCUCUUUCGUCUUCUCACCCCAUCUGAAGGGACUAUCACCAUUGAUGACGUGGAUAUCUCAACAGUGGCUCGUGACACACUAUAUAACCGACUCAUCUGCGUCACACAGUCCCCUCAUCUCAUUGCUGGCACGAUCCGUGAAAAUGUUGACCCCUUCGGCACAACAGCUGAUGACCAGGCGAUUGAACUAGCACUCAAGGAGGUUCAUCUCUUGGAUACAGUGAUCUCACGAGGUGGGAUCGACGCCCAACUUACGGAAGGUCUAUUCAGUGUUGGGCAGCAACAACUGUUGUGUCUAGCUCGGGCCAUGAUCCGUCCAGGCUCAGUGGUAGUUCUGGACGAGGUGACAGCCAGUGUGGAUCGGGAGACAGACCGAGCGAUGCAAGAUAUUAUUCGCCAUCACUUCGCCUCCCGAACUGUGAUUACGAUUGCACAUCGCAUCUCCACCAUUCUAGAUGCGGACCGCGUUGCGGUGGUGUCAGACGGGGCCAUUGUCGAACUGGGCCCUCCAAGCGAACUCCUAGCCCGAGACCCCCCAGUCGGUUCCGAGGCCUCUAUGAGGCGACAACCACAUCUAACCGACCUUCCGAGACCAUGCAGGAGGUGA